AUUUCACCUGAUUUAAAUGUAGUAAUCAUUUCAUAUUUCUCUGACUUUACAACACCUCUAGUAUUGGCUCUCAUUAGUGUCCCUAAUAAAGUACCCCAUUGUUACAAUAAAUAUCAUACCACCAAAACAAACAAAUACAAUAAAUGACACAUAAAUCCCAAUACAUUGAAAUAAUUUUGGAUGAUUUUUUUAUGCGCAAAAGUACCCAGUAAUAAAUAGGAAAAGGUGUUGAUUUAGGUGAAUGAAUGGGAGUGAUUGAGUGUCUAUUAUGGCGGAGGGCGUGUACUAAUGGAGGCGAGAGAGAUGUUUAUAAAGAAGUGGUUGUGAGUACACAUCUCAUUCACUCUUCUACUCCGCAACACAACACAUUAGAACAUUCACACAAUGAUUGUGUAGUGUCGUAACCUCUUCAUUAAUUAUUGUUUUAUAUAUGCGCAAGGUGCACUGUCUUGUAUCGACACUACCACCACCACCACCACCACCAAAGAGCGAGCCGUCAUGCAUUGCCAAGCCGAGGUGAGGCUCUCCUCCCCGGGCCAGCUGAAGGCUACCAGGCGGCGCUACAAGACCUUCAUGAUAGACGAGAUUCUCUCCAAGGAGGCUUGUGAUUACUUUGAGAAGUUCUCCCUUUACUCCGUCUGUCCGUCGCUCAUCGUGCGGCCGAAGCCUCUGCACUCUUGUUCGGGGCCCUCGCCACUUCGCGCCUACCCGCUCCUCUCCGUCAUCACGCGGCAGCCUCCCAGCCUCCCCCGGCCGCCGUCCCCGGGCGGACCCCCGCCGCACCUGCCCCUGCUGUCGCCGCAGCACAGCCGCGGCUCCGAGGCGUCGCCCUGCAGCCAGACGGCGCUCAGCGUCAGCAGCGAGUCGGAGGCGGAGCGUGGCACGCCGCGCCUCAAGAAGGCCCGUCGCAGCCGCACCAUCUUCACCGAGCUGCAGCUGAUGGGCCUGGAGAAGAAGUUCCAGAAGCAGAAGUACCUCUCCACGCCGGACAGGUUGGACUUGGCUCAGUCCCUCGGCCUCACACAGUUGCAGGUGAAGACCUGGUACCAAAACAGGCGAAUGAAGUGGAAAAAGAUGGUGCUCAAAGGAGGUCAGGAGGCGCCCACCAAGCCUAAGGGAAGACCCAAGAAGAACUCCAUCCCCACCACCGAGGAAAUCGAAGCCGAGGAGCGGCGGCUGAAGCAGGCGGAAGAAGAGCAGCUGGGGGCCGCGGCGAAAACGCAAACCACGCUUCAACCCCAGCCCGAAGACCUAAGCUCCGGCCCCCACGCCACCCCGCAAAGUCACGGUGCGGCGCGGGUGAUCGGGGAGCGAGCGGCGCCUCUCCUAAUAACCUCAGAGACUCCUGCCGAGAGCUAAACGGCAGCAGCGACACAACCAAAGACUGAUACCACCACACCUGGAAACAAAUAGUGCCUCAGGAUCGCUGUAAAGGAAAACAUGCCAUGCCUUUAAGGUCGGUUGGGACCCACAAACACGCAAUCCUUGUCCCAUGUGCUGGCUUUUUGUGCCCCUCGGAAAUAUAAACACACCACAAAGGCGCACACGUAGACAAAUGGACAAGUCGGCGUUUUGCUUGAUGGCGCCCAUGUUUUGCAGCCAAUUUUGCUCAGAUUUUACACACACCUGCAUGUAGGUCCACUAAAUUCAGCAUUUUUCGGCAAAACACCCGGAAGUUAACGCGGGAAUUUAUUUUUAUUUUUUCUACACUCUCAAAAAUAGUUGUACCAGUGCAUUACCUAAAAGGACACUGCGUGUAUCUUUUUGUAAGACACGUUUGCCACCUUUGUACCUUAUUAUUAUCACUAGUUAAACUACAAUCAGCCAAAAAUGCUUCGCCUCUCAAAUAGUUGAACGUGCCAGGCUGACGCAAACUUGUGCUUGAACGGGAGCGGUAUAGCUCAGUUGGUUGAAUGGCCGUGCCAGCAACUUGAGGGUUCCUGGUUCGAUCCCCGCUUCUGCAAUCCUCGUCCCUGCCGUUGUGUCCUUGGGCAAGACACUUUACCCACCUGCUCCCAGCGCGACACAGUCUGGUUUAAAAAUGCCAUCCAUCCAUCCAUUUUCUACCGCUUAUUCCCUUUGGGGUCGCGAGGGGCGCUAUAGCUCGGUUGGUAGAGUGGCCGUGCCAGCAACUUGAGAAUUCCAGGUUCGAUCCCCGCUUCUGCAAACCUCGUCCCUGCCGUUGUGUCCUUGGGCAAGACACUUUACCCACCUGCUCCCAGUGCGACACACUCUGGUUUAAAAAUGCCAUCCAUCCAUCCGUUUUCUACCACUUAUUCCCUUUGGGGGCGCUGGUGCAUAUCUCAGCUACAAUCGGGCGGAAAGCGGGAUACACCCUGGACAAAUCACCCACUUUGUACCUUAUUAUUAUUACCAGUUAAACUACAAUCAGCCAAAAAUGCUUCACCUCUCAAAUAGUUGAACGUGCCAGGAUGACGCAAACUUGUGCUUGAACGGGAGCGGUAUAGCUCAGUUGGUAGAGUGGCCGUGCCAGCAACUUGAGGGUUCCAGGUUCGAUCCCCGGUUCUGCAAACCUCGUCCCUGCCGUUGUGUCCUUGGGCAAGACACUUUACCCACCUGCUCCCAGCGCGACACAGUCUGGUUUAAAAAUGCCAUCCAUCCAUCCAUUUUCUACCGCUCAGUCCCUUUGGGGGCGCUGGUGCCUAUCUCAGCUACAAUCGGGCGGAAGGCGGCAUACACCCUGGACAAAUCACCAUCUUUGUACAUUAUUAUUAUCACCAGUUAAACUACAAUCAGCCAAAAAUGCUUCGCCUCUCAAAUAGUUGAACGUGCCAGGAUGACGCGAACUUGUGCUUGAACGGGAGUGGUAUAGCUCAGUUGGUAGAGUGGCCGUGCCAGCAAUUUGAGGGUUCCUGGUUCGAUCCCCGCUUCUGCAAACCUCGUCCCUGCCGUUGUGUCCUUGGGCAAGACACUUAACCCACCUGCUCCCAGUGCGACACACUCUGGUUUAAAAAUGCCAUCCAUCCAUCCAUUUCCCACCGCUUAUUCCCUUUGGGGUCACGGAAGCGCUGGUGCCUAUCUCAGCUACAAUCGGGCGGAAGGCGGGAUACACCCUGGACAAAUCACUACCUCAUUGCAGGGCCAGCACAGAUGGACAGACAACAUUCACACACUAGGGCCAAUAUAUUAAAAAUGUAACUCAGAUAUUGGGUUUCACAAUGUAAAGCGCUUUGAGUUACCAGAGAAAAGCGCUAUAUAAAUAUAAUUCACUUCACUUCAACCCUUCAUUAAAUAAGAGAAUAAAUUGAAGAUAAAACACGAUAUUUUACAAAUGAGGAGUAAAAGUUAAUAGGGUAGAGAUGAUGGCAAUAGAAAAAUGUGUUAUUUGAUUCUACAGUAGGGAAAAGAUUCAUAGGGGCCCAAUUCUUGGGUGUGUUUCACCUGGGAGGAAAACGGAGUUAACGCAGUCUGCUGAAAAUGAUGGAAAGCACCGCUCUUUAUAGCAACUGACGCUGUGGUCAAAGUUCAAAUUUGCCUCAAAACACAUCGUAAGAUAUAUAUAACACUCUACUGUCAUCUUGAUACUGCAUUCCCUAAAUUUGUCAAGAUUCAUGUGUCAGGUAAACUACUAUUAGUAUGCUUUAUCUAAAAUACUACUAUUAUUAUAUUAUGUAAAUGAGUAAAACAUAUUUUUAAUGCAGAGUACGUAAGUGCGUACUUUAUAUCACCUUUUACUCUUUUUGGUUGAUACCACAGGUGUCAAACUCAAGGCCCGGGGGCCUAUUCUGGCCCGCCACAUUUUAUGCAGCCCGCAAAAGCCUGGUAAAAAUGUGUUUCAAUAAAAUAACAUAUAUAUAUAUAUAUAUAUAUAUAUAUAUAUAUAUAUAUAUACAUAUAUAUAUAUAUAUAUAUACAAUUUUUUUUCACUAAAUGCAUUCAUUCUUUCAAUCAUAGCAGAAAAAAAUGCAUAUUUUAAACUUUAUUAUUAGCUGACCAUGACAAUUAUAUUAUUAUAUACUGUAUUGCAAAACUAUGUAUUUGAGAUAAAAACAAAUAGUUAAAUAUCUGCAUGUCAUCUUUAUCUAUGAGUUUAAAGCAAGUUAUACAUGAACAAAUCUAAUAUUCAAACGCUCAUGCAUUUCGAUUAAUCAUGAUUAAUCACAGGUUAUUACCCUGGUACAUAAUGUAAAUUAAUUUUUAAAAUGCGGCCCUCUGAAAGCAGCUAUUACUGCGAUGUGGCCCUCAAUGAAACUGAGUUUGACAGCCCUGGUUUAUAGAAAUACAUACUUCUGGCCUUGGAAAGACCACAUUUUAUACUUUGGAGAAAACAUUCUUUAAAGGGGAACAUUAUCACAAUUUCAGAAGGGUUAAAACCAAUAAAAAUCAGUUCCAAGUGGCUUAUUUUAUUUUUCGAAGUUUUUUUCCAAAUUUUACCCAUCAUGGGAUAUCCCGAAAAAAGGCUUUAAAGUGCUUGAUUUUUCUUAUCUGUAAAUCCACCGUCCAUUUUCCUGUGACGUCAUCUAGUGACGCCAAUACAAACAGCAAGAUAUAGCAACAUUAGCUCGGAUUCAGACUCGGAUUUCAGCGGCUUAAGCGAUUCAACAGAUUACGCAUGUAUUGAAGCGAAUGGUUGGAGUAUGGAGGCAGAUAGCAAAAACUAAAUUUAAGAAGAAACUGAAGCUAUUGACUGAAUAGCUAUUGAAGCUAUUCGGCGAUCGCCUUCUAACCAACGAUUGCAUCUUUUGACCAAUUUAAAUCCGUCGAUUGGUGUUUGUCUGGCAUUAAAUGUGGGUGGAGGGAAAGGCUGGAUGCAAAUAUAGCUACAAAUGUACAUACAGCUAGCCUAAAUAGCAUGUUAGCAUCAAUUAGCUGGCAGUCAUGCCGCGACCAAAUAUGUCUGAUUUGCACAUAAGUCAAUAACAUCAACACAACUCACCCUUGUGAUUUUUUGGACUUUAUCGUUGGAAAUGCAUCUGCUUUAAAUGUUGCAGGAUAUCCACACGUUUCUCUGUGCCAUGUCUGCCGUAGCAUUGCCGGUAAAAUGUGCAGACCAAACGAGGGACUUUCGCAUCUUUUGACACUGGUGCAACUUAAAUCCAUCGAUUGGUAUGUGUUUGUUUGGCAUUAAAUGUGGGUGGAGGGAAAGGCUGGAUGCAAAUAUAGCUACAAAUGAGGCAUAACGAUGCAAUAUGUACAUACAGCUAGCCUAAAUAGCAUGUCAGCAUCGAUUAGCAUGCCGUGCUAAUCGAUGCACACUCCACGGAAAUAAACGUAAUUCCGUCCCUGAUCAUGUUGUUAAACCCUCCGACAACACACCCACGACGCAUGAUGUCUCCAAGGUACGGAAAACAGUCGAAAAAACGGAAAAUAACAGAGCUGAUUUGACUCGGUGUUUGUAAUGUGUUUGAGAAAAUGGCGGAUUGAUUACCUAUGUGUGACGUCAUCGCUCCAAGAGCGAAUAAUAGAAAGGCGUUUAAUUUGCCAAAAUUCACCCAGUUAGAGUUCGGAAAUCCGUAGAAAAAAUAUAUGGUCUUUUUUCUACUACAUCAAGGUAUAUAUUGACGCUUACAUAGGUCUGGUGAUAAUGUUCCCCUUUAAAAAAAUGUCCUUAUUGGUACAGAAAUGUUCUUGUCUUUUGACUCUAUUUUUGAGAGUGUGGAGAAAUUUCAAGUCAGCAAAUAAUAGCACAGGCAAAACAGUAAAAGUGCGUGUUUCGACUUGUUUUUACCACUGUGUGUGCAUACCUCCCCCUGCCUGUUGGAGGUUGCAUUGCAGCGGUGAAGCUGUUACCUUUAGGGGGAAAAAAAACACCAUUUAUUAUUUAUUCACACAAAAAAAGUCACGCGAUAGAACAAAUAGUGUGUUGACCCGUCUCUACGCCAUAUUUAUUGUUGCAGAAUCCACCGAUCUUGCCUCACGUGAUGCUCAUGCCAAAAAUAUUAGAAAUUGCCUUACUAUGCUGUAACCAUGUAGCACUGCCAAAAACGAUAUAUCCACAUAUAACAAAUGGCUAUUGUGCCUUGUCGGUCUCAAAGGGAUGCAUUUUUUUGUGGGUGGAACAAAUACACUGUAUCAUACUGUAGAAAAUAUGUGUACAUGAUGAGCUGUAUGUGUACUGCAGUCUUUUAACUGCUGUUUGAAAAGGGAUGAUUAUAAAUAGUUUGUAUAUGUCUCAGACUUCCAGCCCUUCUCUUUGCGGUGUCAGGACGGCUCCUCUUUUCUGCCACAAAAAAAAGCCAUUAGCGACUUUUAAGUUGUCGAGAUUUCUCCCAGGAAAUAAAUCACAGCCUCUUGCCUAACAGUUGACAUUUUAAGUGUCGGACAUUCUCAGCCUGCAGGCUUUUUGUUGUUUUUUGUUUGUUAUUGUUUCUUUCCACCACUCGUGACCGACUCUGCUUUUCCUCUCCGCCUUGUAAACUUUUUGAGUUCCGUAUGCACAGAUGCAGUAUUUUUCUGAUUUGUAAAUAAAUAAAGCUUGUUUGUUGA